AUGGCUGAGGCCGCCAGGCAACUUGGAAUCGCAGAGGGCCGGAUACUGCUUGCGGACAGCACGGAACCUGGAGCUUGGAGUCUGUCACCAGCUGCAGGAGGCGAGAACUUGCUAUUCUCCCGACAAACGCUGGACUGGCCAAGGAUUACUGGCUCUGCUCUAGAUACCGCUACAGUAUGCUUGCUGUACAGCAGUGGCACGACUGGUCUACCGAAAGGAGUUCGUCUCUCACAUCGGAGUCUCGUCUCCGACAUCGUGUCCUUGAUGCAUGCGGCCAAGGAGUAUCAGAAGAAGCACCCCAAAUUCCGCUUCGAUACGAUUGCACAUCUGCCUAUGAGCAACGUUGCCGGCAUAAACCUGUAUUCGCUGAGUCCGUUCUACAUGGGUGGUACUGCGUACUGGCUGAAGAAAUACAACUUCGACGACUUCAUCUCUGCCCAUCGAAGGCUGAAACCGGCAUACCAAUUCUCUGUCCCUCCCAUCUGGCUCCAGAUAGCAAAGAGCGACAAAGUGACCGAUCACUUCGACGGGCUCCAAGUCGCUUCUUCUGGCUCUGCACCGAUUGGUUUUGACACAAUCAAAGAGCUCCGCAAGAAGCUCGGGAAAGGCAAGGCUGAUGUCUAUCAAACUUGGGGCGCGACUGAGUGCGGAGGCGUGAUUACCGCUGGCCCCUGGGAAGGUGAAGCUAACAUCAAGGACGGAAACUGGUCCGUCGGCGAGAUCCCACCCAACGUCAGGCUACGAGUGCUCGAUGAAGACGACCGUGACGUUGCCGAAGGCGAGCGCGGCGAACUUCUGGUUGGCGGGAAGAUCCUCGCCCAGGGAUAUCUCAAUCGACCAGAAGCAGAUCAGGAAGCCUUCGGCAAUCCCCAAGGCUGGUACCGCACUGGUGACAUAGGGAUUGUCGAGAAAGGCAAGGUCUGGAUCGUUGACCGGAAGAAGGAGCUCAUCAAAUACAAAGCCAACCAAGUCGCGCCCGCCGAGCUCGAAGCACUUCUCACAUCACACCCUCAGAUAGCGGAUGCUGCCGUCAUCGGCGUGUGGUCGCAGGAGCAGCAGACAGAGGUUCCUAGAGGUUACGUCGUCCGCCGCAAUGUCCAGCCCGGGGCUCUGAGCAAUGAGAAUGCGAUUUCUGCAUCUGCGGUGGCGGAUUUUGUGAAGAAGCGGGCUUCUUCGUACAAACAGCUGCGCGGGGGAAUCUUCUUCGUCGAACAGAUACCGAAAAGCGCUUCUGGGAAGAUAUUGAGAAAGGAGCUGCGGCAGAAGGCGGAGAGUGAGAAGGCGAGGCCGAAGCUAUAG